UGUGAACCACAGACGUCACAGUAAUGGCGGCUGUUUUGUGAUUCAUUGUUUUGUUUACUGAGGAAAAUAAUUCACACAUUUCACCUUAAGAAUGGCAAGUUCUGCAGGUGAUGCAAAAAUCGAAUGCGACGAGACGAUGAACUCGUGCAACCUUAGGACCACAAAUCAGUGGGUGCGACUGAACGUGGGCGGCACAUAUUUCCUCACAACCAAGACCACACUUUGUCGAGAUCCCAAUUCAUUUUUAUUCCGGCUUUGCCAGGAAGACUCGGAGCUCAUUUCUGACAGAGAUGAAACUGGUGCAUAUCUCAUUGACAGAGACCCGACCUAUUUCAGUCCUGUUCUCAACUACCUGCGCCACGGCAAGCUGGUCAUUAAUAAUGGUUUGGCCGAAGAAGGAGUUUUGGAGGAAGCAGAAUUUUACAACAUCACUGAGCUGAUAAGGCUGACAAAAGAGAGGAUUUGCCAAAGAGACUCUCGACCACAGAGGGAGGCUAGGAAACAUGUUUUCCGGGUUCUACAAUGCCAUGAAGAUGAGCUAACACAAAUGGUAUCCACUCUCUCCGACGGCUGGAAAUUCGAGCAGCUCAUUAACAUCGGGUCUCAAUACACAUACGGCCAUGACGAGCAUGCUGAAUUCCUUUGUGUCGUUUCCCGAGAAUAUGGUGCGACACUGAACAGCAUGGAGACCGAACCAACAGACAGAGCAAAGGUUCUGCAGCAGAAAGGCUCGCGGAUGUGAACAAAAACACUCACUUGGGGAUCUGUGGAUCCACCAACUCUCUACUCCAGCAUGAGUGAAUCUCAUUUUAUGUUCUUUUGUACUGCGGCGCCUUGGAGCUGUCAUCGUGAUCUUGAUGCAAAAAGGGGCCUUUUUGAACAGAGCCAGUUUGUAUCGCAAUUUCUACACCUCUCUACUCUCUUUUAAACCCCGUGACAAAACAAUUAAACUAUAUAAACUGAAAACAACUUAAUUCACUGUGGAUAUCUUUAGAAAUAUUUAGAGGUGCUGCACUGUGGUAUUUAUACGACGUUUAUCAAUCAUUGAAUCGGUCACUACGCCAGAAUGCAUAUAUUGUUAGCAGAGUAACUCGUGAAAUUAAUGGUGCCUGAUAAUAAUUAUUUCUGUCCCAAAGGGCGUGCAGCAGCAAUUAUUAUACUCACUGUUCUCUGAACUGAAAUCAGACUGUCUAUUAAGAAAAGUAUAUAAAGGCAUUUAUGUGUAUGUGUGUGUGUUUCGCAUAGUCUGCGCUCGCUCGCACGCCCUUGCUCCUUUGACUGUUGUGGGAUCACCAGCAAUACACCAGUCAUCACGUUUUUUAUUGAACUCCCCUGGUCACGCAUCAAAUUGAUAAUCUGAAUGAGUCUUACAUGUUUUGAUAUUAUUGACUAUGAAAAAAAUUAUGAAUGUGAAAAAUUUAAAUAAAUGUUUAGCAUCUUGAAAAAUAU